AUGGGUAAAGGAAAGCCGCGCGGCCUGAACGCCGCCCGUAAGCUCCGCAACCAUCGCCGCGAUAAUCAAUGGGCCGAUCUUACCUACAAGAAGCGCCUCCUCGGAACUGCCUUCAAGUCAUCUCCCUUCGGUGGUUCCUCUCACGCUAAGGGCAUCGUGCUCGAGAAAGUCGGUGUCGAAGCUAAGCAGCCCAACUCCGCUAUCCGAAAGUGUGUCAAGGUGCAAUUGAUCAAGAACGGAAAGAAGGUCACUGCUUUCGUUCCCAACGACGGUUGCUUGAACUUUGUCGAUGAGAACGACGAAGUCCUCCUCGCCGGUUUCGGUCGCAAGGGCAAGGCCAAGGGUGAUAUUCCCGGUGUUCGAUUCAAGGUCGUCAAGGUCUCCGGUGUCGGUCUUAGCGCUCUCUGGAAGGAGAAGAAGGAGAAGCCAAGAUCUUAGAUGAUCUUAGGGAGUCCCGGGAUUGGGGAGUGCUGUGUGAUGGGAUGGCAAGGGGGACACGGCUUUUACCGGCCGAAACAGCAUGGGAUAUUUUCGCUGCUACUCCUACUACGAUAGAGUGGGCGGUUGUGGUGGGCCAAAUCAUGCAAACUGGUCUACGGUGUUGAAAUGCUACCUCUUAACCCGACUGGGUUCAUGUUGGUCUUGGGGAGCAAGUAGCACCCAUGGAAAUACCGGUAAAGAAAUAGCCUAUUCCCAUUUUCUCUAUGAUAAUGUUCAUAAAAUUAUAAACGUCAUUGCAUCAUGAUUCCAAGUUCAAGACUCAUGUUCGUGUCAC